AUCCUCCUGUGCCUGUCGAGUUCCCUGAUGGCGGCGCUCGCCCAGCGACAGGGAUUCCAGCGCUGGCUCACCCUUGCCUGCCUGCGGUGUCUCGGGGGAAGCCUGCGCUGCCUCCUGUUCUCCCUGAUGGCGACCACCUCACUGAGCGCCAUGCUCUUGAGCGCGCCGGCGGCCGCCUACGGAGCCAUACCCAUGGCCGAGACGCUAGCCAAGGAGUUCCUGCGAAAGCCGUCGCAGCCUUCCCCAGCGGUCGCUGGCGCCGGUCAGGCCAACGACGCCGAGCCAAAUCCAGGGUUUGGUGGGCAGUCACUCGAGGACCUCUCCUUAGGCGAAGAGCGUGCUGACAGCAUUCGGAAGGUGCUCCUGAUUGCUGUGGUGCUUUCCGCCAUCAUGAGCGCCCCUGCUUGUCUGACUGGAGCCUCGGCAAACAUGUUCCUCAAGGGUUUUCUUGAGAUAGAAGGAUACCCGAAUAUGAUUACGUUCUCCAGCUGGAUCACAGCCAAUGCCAUCUGCGUGACCACCAACAUCAUGGGCCUAUGGCUGUUCUUCGUUUUCUUAUAUGUUCGAAAGAUCGAGCGAGUGGAACCAGGCUUCCAAGACGCAAUGCGGACCGCCGUUCGUGCUGUGGUUGCGGCGGGAACCGAGCACGUGAAGCCAAGAGAAGGAGUCGUGAUUGUAAUAUACGGAGUGGUCCUCUUGAUGGUGUACUUUGAGUGGUCAGACUACGGGCUCGGCUUGGCAAAGCUUCUUGGCCUGACCAAAUGGAUCGAUGAAACGACACCCUUCGUUGUUGCGCUUAUCCUCGUGCUCAUUAUAUUACCGUCAGUGACGUCCAGCGGCUACGAAAGAAUUGCGUUUUGGGCUGAAGUGGAAAUGGCAAUACCGUGGAGCACGCUACUCGUCAUGGGUUCGGGAUUCGCUCUCACGAAGGCCAUGCAGAAGACGUCCCUGGUGUCCUUCCUGUCGUCCAGCGUCCCAACAAGGCCGCAGCUGUCGCUGACUUUCCUGCAGGUGGUGCUGUGCAUCGUGGUCUCCCUAGGCGCCGAGUUGCGCGGGGGUGUCGCGCUGUGCUGCGUCGUCUCGCCCUUUGUGCUCAAGCUGUGCGAAUCGUUUCACUGGCAUCCCCUGAGGCUUCUGAUACCCGUCACGCUGUGCUGCUCCAUGGGGCUCUUCUUCUCCGUGUCCUCACCGGCCAACAACCUGCUCAUGGCCAAGGAGCGCAUCAAUCUCAGCAACCUGGCAGUGUCCGGCUUGUUCGCCCAUCUCACUUUCGUGACUACGGCUAUAACCAUGACGAACACCAUAGCCCCGACAGUGUUCAAUAUAACCACCCAGCCGAUGAGAGGGAAUCCGUGAGCCACACGGGAUUGCGCGUUGUGCGUUUUCACAUAAAAAGCAGCUUUCUCCGCUUGUUGUGUGGCAGUUAAGCAACAGCAGUGACUUGAUGCUCGUUAUUGUUUUCAACGGACGCACAUGCACGAAACUGAUCGCAAACAUUACUGAGAAUAGCACGAA